AUGGCUCUUGCUGAUAUUAUUCCACAGGCGGCUGGGUGGCUUCCAAAAUGGCAACUAGUGGUCGCCGUCAUGGCUGUGUUCAAUACGGUUCAGAACUUUAUGACCCUGAAAUUCACGCGCAGGGUAUACAGCAUCGCCCCGCAGACUGUCACCGCUUUACAAGCGCGCACGUUCGCUAUAUGGACGCUAACAUCUGCUGCCAUACGGCUCUACGCAGCAUAUAACAUAGACAACAAAGUGAUAUAUGAUCUCGCACUGCUCAGCUACCUAUUUGCUUUUGUUCACUUCGGUUCCGAGGUUCUCAUCUUCCGCACUGCCAGCCUCAAGGGCGCGGCCAUCAGCCCUGUGAUAGUGUCUACCGUAUCUAUGGUCUGGAUGAUCUCACAGUAUGACUAUUAUGUGCGGUCGUGA